AUGGCGUCGUCACUCGUGGGCCAAUUGGCCAGCUAUGUCGAUUUCGACAAGCAGAGCCUGCGAAUCUCGGCCGCGUCCAUCAUCUUUAACCCUCUCUUCUGGAACUCAGACAAGGAAGGGGGAAGAGGAAAAUGGCUAAUUCAAUCUCAUAUCUUUGCAGAAUACCGUAACCAGGUCCUCAGCAAGCUAUUUGGGGGCAACCGCACCCUGGCCAACUACGCCCUCGCCGCCACCAUCUUCUCCAUCGGCAUCAUCCGCGACUGGCUCUACAAGACGGCCAUUCUCGAGCAGCCCACGCACCCGGCCCUACAGGGCCUGCCCACGCAGGCGGCUGCCUACACGCUCCUCGCCGCCGGCAACGUGCUGGUGGUGACGUCGACGUGGCGCCUGGGUAUCCGUGGCACCUUCCUCGGCGACUACUUUGGCUUCCUCCAGGAGAAGAUGGUGACGGGCUUCCCCUUCAACGUGACGGGCGCGCCCAUGUACUGGGGCUCGACGAUGAGCUUCCUCGGCACGGCGUUGCUAUUCGGGCGGCCGGCGGGCGUCGUGCUGACGGCGCUCGUGUACGUCGUGUACGUCGUGGCGCUGCGCUUCGAGGACCCCUUCACGGCGGGCAUCUACGCGAAGCGCGACCGCGACCGCGCGGCGGCCAAGGCGGGAAAGAAGAGCAACUAA